AGUGUUGUUAGAUUGGCGCCUUUCCUGCGGUAAAUUUAAAUAAGAUGAUUGAAAAAAAAAAGAGAUAAAUUAUUUAAAUGUGGUAUUUGGUGUUGAGGAAUUGUUGCAGCUACGAUUGAUGUGGGCUCGAAUCUGGUCGGAUUUGCAUAGAUAUUUGCGAUAAUUCAGUUGGCGUCAGAUUCGAUUAAAGAAAGUGGCACAGUUUGCAAUAUGCGUUCGCUUUUGGUUCAGGUUUUGUUGUUGUUCCUCGUCAGUGGAGAGACGCUGAAACGGUCGCCCCUGCAAGUGGGGCUGGUGACAUUCACCGAGAAGCCCCACGUGGGCAACUUCACGCGCCGGGUUGAGGGGGCUCACACCAAGUGGGUCCCGGGGCACGUGCGUCACCAUUCGUUCAUUCCGGCGCAUCUGCAACACGUCUUCAUACCCCAUGUGCUGUUUGUGCAUCCCUACAGCCACUACAGGGAGCACAUAGGGGGCUUUGGGAUCGGCUUGGAUAGCGGAGGGCGCGGCGCAGGGCACGGCUUCCAUGUCGUUUUUAAUUUUUAAGACUUUGUUUGUUUAAAUGUAGGAUAAGGAGAUUUCUAAUAAAGAGACACUUGGAU